UCAUCCUCAGAAGGCAGAGUGUGAGCGGACGAGCCCAGGAUCUGCGUGGCUCCACUGCUUGCCCUGCCUGUAAAGUGUGCCGAGCGCUGCACCGCAGUGUGCUGCUUGGUGUGUGUCGCUGCUCAGCCUCCCACAGCUGAGACAUACAAGGAGACCAGGACUCUGAGAGACGGCCACAGUCAUGAGGCUCUCCCUUGUGUCGGCUCCCCAGCAUUACUCCUGAGGUGUACUUGCUCCUGUGCCAGAUCCGUGGUACGCAAUGAGGGUGCAGAGAUGAGCCUGCAGCAAGCAGUCCUGUCCCUGCAGUUCCUGCCCCUGGACAUUUACUGAUUCAUACAACCCAGAGGACGAUGCCCCUGUCUCCCAGAUAGCACUGAGGACCAGGCCUUCACAGCACGCAUUGUGCACCAUGGCAGGAGAGACUCAGCGAUUGCACGCUGUCAAAGAGCUGGAGGCUGAGUCCAAACUGCAGGAUGAGGGGAAGGCACUGGAACAGCAUAGAGACAAAACCACAAAGGAGUCUUCAGAGCACUUUUCAAGCACCGGCACUGAGGCCAGAGCCAGCAGCAGAGGGGCCAAAGUUGAAAAACUAGAGAAGGAAAGGGACUGUCCUCAGCAGCGAGAGGCUGUCAUACGGCCACAGCAAGCAGGGAAGAUUGACUUCAGGUCACUGCAGAACAGAUCCAAGUUUGCCACUGACAGGACUUGGUCAAGUGGUAAAGGCAGCCCCCAGUCCCCGAGCGGAAAGGGCCGCAGCCGAGAGAAGGGGAAGCGGUCGGGGAAGGCAGAGCGUGGCAACCCGCAACAGCUGUACCGACUUAGCAUUACAAAUCCUCGCUCCAACAACCCCAUCGGCAUCGCCUACCCACAGCAGAAGGUUGCACCACCCAAGAAGUUGGAGACCAGUCGUGGCCCGCUCAUGGGCAGCUACAGAUUCCACGUCCCCAGUAUACCAGAGAGAGAGGCCGAACUACAACAAGAAGAGCUCAACUACAGCCGCUGCUUCCAGGAGGCCUCCUCUAACCUCACCUCCCCAAGUUAUACCUCACAGGCACUGGUCUCCUCAAGUGCAACAUCCUCCCUCCCGCACCCACCUCUGUCCCAGCAGCAGCAGCAGUCUGCCUCGAUGGAGAACAGCAGCACGCAGCCUGGCAGUCAGCUAUUGCUGGCAGACUUUCAUCUGAGUGGCUCUAAUACAUGGCAGUCCCCUGAACGGACUUUUAACGGUGCUACCUAUGGGGUUUCGUCACAAAAAUCCACUGCCCUCUCAGAAGCCAACAAAGCAAGUGCCUUCGUGCCGGGUCCUUUUCAAUAUGGAUAUAAUUUCUUGGAAGAAUCGACCUCUGACUCUUUUUCCUGUGAACAGAACUCUCAAUCACAAGACUUUACAGACUCCUCCAUAGGUUCCGUUCACGUGACCCACAACUCAUUUUCCUUUACAGCCGGAGAUGGACAAAACAUUGCUCCCAACAGCGCUCAGUUCAGUAAUGAGCAGCAGUCUGAGGAUGGAAGCUCUUAUUCUCACUCCCCACAGUCACAUUAUAUUCAAGGAGUAGCCUCCUCCAUCCAGUGUCCAAGGAAUAUGAGUGAGGACUCAGCCAGCAGUGACAGCUCUGGCUCCAGCUCGCAGCAGACAGAGCAGGGGAAGACUUCGUUGCCUGAGAGCACAGACACUAACGGACAGGCAGACAGUAGAGAUGCAACAAUCACCUCGGGGAGUAAGAGGAGCUGCCACCCUAAAGACACAGCUGCCAACCAGAGAACAUUCAUACAAGGAACUGUGCACCACGCAAGAAAUAAUUCACAACAAGGCUCGGGCUCACACAUGCACUUUUCCAGCAAAACAUUUAACAGCCCUCCGGUCAAUAACAUUCACACAGGCUCAAUGACCUUCGAUAAAAACAUUAAUAAUAAGGUUCUUAAUAGGAUACCACACUCCUGGGAGGGUCCUAGUAAGACAUAUUCACCAGCUGACCAAAACUCAAUUCAGUAUUCUGACAUGAACGAUAAGUUUCAGUUCCAGGAGCAGCCAGCUCUUGACCAAAGGCCAAAUUCAUCUAAGACGAGCAGAAUGCCCUGGCAGCAGAUACGGCCCACCUCUGCCAUGCCAAACCAAAACAGAGUCGAGUUAUCUCGGCAAAUAAGCAAUCAAAAAUUGCCCUACAUUGUUUCCCCCUCCGACUGGCAGGAUGACAGUAAAUCACAUAAACACAGCUCCCUGAAAACCCCCGGCUCUUUUCAGAACAGCAGGACCAGCGAUGGGUUUUCAAACCAGAGACAGGAGACUGUGAAACAUAACACAGUCUCGACUUUCAAAGUAGAGAUGAGCCACGCACAAGUAUGCGAGUCUAAAAAUAAGGCUGUAUACUUUGGACUCAACCAGUCUCUUCCAGUGGUGUCAAGAAACUACAGCUACCCACCGUUACAGGUCCCGCCUAUGGGACUUAUGAUGGUGUCGCCUUAUGAAUCCCCUUUGCCCUCCCCAGUUCAGAACCACGCAUCUAGUAGUACCUGCUCCUCCCUCUCCCCAGCGUCCACCAGCCCUGUAAACAUCAGCUCAGAGGACAGUCAAAUGUCAAAGUCAGCACCGCCGCACACAUUUUACCACCAGCCCCAAACAAAGACUCAGCUGCCAUCAGAUCACCUGAGCCCUCACAACCACCAGUUUCAUUCGGAUGCGUCACGAAACCUCACGUACGCCCCAGACCGAGCCAAAGAUGACAUGAUGAGCUACUUGCAAAACAGCACGCACCAAAAGACGGCGAUGGACGGAAACAAAGGUUACAUGGACAGUUUUGGGGUGGAGCAUCACCAGCCUCCACCGCCGUACUCCGCACAUCAGCUGUUAGCCACCUCAUUAGCCACAGCCAAUCUCGACCAGUUAGACGUGCUUCUCACGUGCAAGCAGUGCGAUCAGAACUUCAAUAACCUGGCUUCGUUUCUCGGCCAUAAGCAAUACUGUGCUCAACACACGUUUGCACAAAAUGACCUCAAAGACAUAUCAAAGAUGGAGGACAGCAGGAAGUUUCACGCAGAACCGUCCAAAGCAGUGCCGUCCGUGUCGAAUGUUUCAAUGACCAGGUGCCCGUCUGACCUUCACCUUUCCCUGUUGGGCCUCAAUAAAAAUGGAGAGCUGAUGUCUGACAGUGAAACCAAAGGAGACAGUAAAGAUGAUCCCAUGAAACUGAACUUGUUCUCUGGCCCAAGCAACAUCCCUGUCCCUCUCCCUGACUUGGAAAUCGAGGAUGCCAAAUUAGACAGCCUAAUCACAGAGGCCUUGAAUGGACUGGGCUAUCAGUCAGACAAUGCAGAGAUAGACAGCAGCUUCAUCGAUGCGUUCGCCGAUGACGAGCUCACCACCGUCAAAGCAACGUCGAACAAACAAUGUAUGAAAACCAAAGAGUGCCUGGUCAUUGAGAGCAAAAAUAAACAAGCAGCAGAUGAUGACAGGCCUUUCACACAGGGAAAGUGUUUUUACGACUCUGAUGUUGAAAGCCCCGAGACAGGUAAACAGUACACAGAGAGCAAACUUGAGAAAAUGUCUCUGAAUUUGGAACAAGAUGAGAAGAUUAGCAUAAAGAAAGAAGCCUCUCAUAAAAAUUCAAGAAUCGCCUCGAGGGAGACGAGGAGGGAACAAGAUAGCAAAGUGAAAGAGACGAGAAAGCUGUGCAAGAGCGAGGAUGAAAACGCAGGCGCACACAGAUUCCUUUUAUCCAGCAAGCUGUCCGAACGGUGUGGUAGUAAAAGCUUUCAGGACGGCUCCGCACUUCGAGGGUCAACGCCCUCACUGCUCUCCACAUCUCCAACCUCAAGAGCUGCAAUGAAAGAGAGCAAGAGGAAAAGCUCUGGAGGCGGCACCUGGAGCAAAGAACUCAUCCACAAAAUAGUUCAGCAGAAAAAUAAGCUCAAUAAGCUCCAUGUUAAAGGCACCAAAAACCUCCAGUUAUCCUUGGUGAUGGAGAGACUGACUCCCACUGUACAGAACCCUGCGUUCGGAGAAUAUGACUAUGUCUCAGACUCAGAGGACGAAUGUGAGCCUGUGAAGAUAGCCAGCCAAGGCCGACUAAAUCAAAGCAGCCGCUGUAAAUACACGUACACCAAAGAGUGCAAAUGGCGAGCACGCAGCGAGAGGGACCAGGCGGCGUGGAGGCACGAGUCAAAGGAGUGUUUUGAGGUGAAGAAAAGCGAGGACGUUUCUCUCUCGCCUGAGAAACACGGUUCUCACCAGAGACUCCGGAGAAGGGGGAGCCGGUCAUCGACAAGCAGUGAACUCAGCACAUCUGUGAGUGUUUCAAGUGAAAGCAUCAACAGCCCCAAAAGCACUGAUCGCACUGACUCAGACUGUGAGAAGAAGACGGACAUGAAAAAGAAAGAGUCUUCCGAGCAGAAAACCUACGAAAGGUCCUCCCCACAGAAGUUAUGUAAAGACUCCAGCACACUAGCACUGACGUUCUCUAAACCUGUCAGGAAGUAUAACGCUGACAAAGGGGUUCUUUCUGAGAACAAAGACAGUACACCGGAUCCAAAGCAUCACUCGAACACAGACGAUGCUAAUCCGGUGUCAUCCUGGCAAAAAGCAAAAGACACAAUGAGAAACUAUGAAAGAAGCAGAAGCUCUCAUACAAAAUCAAGAGAGAAGCUGGUGUCUCACAGAAAAGAAACGGGCACAGCAGUCAGCUCAGACAGAGACACUCUGCACAGAGCCGACGGCACGUGCCUCAAAGAAGAAGCAACGCAGAGCACGGAUAACAAGCAGCUCCACUUUGAUUCACACUCUCCCAUCAUCAACAAAGAAACAGAUUUCAGUAAUGACGCAUACACAAAUGGCAAAGGCGAAGAGGGGCCUAAAACCACACAGUCAGAGCUAUCGGACUGUACCACGUUUGAAAAACAGAGUGUCUGCAUGGAGAAAGAGGCGAUUACUUUGAGCACCGACCUAGACGCGCACAAGCCUGAGUCUCUUUGCACGUCUCUGAUGGAUGAGGUGUGUCUAUCUCCCACCGAAAGCCAGGCCCCGUUGAUACAGAAAGAUACGCUCCAUCUCAUGCCCUAUCCUCUGGAUCAGGAACAGGGGCUCAUGAAAUCCCCACUUUCAUUCGACACCUCGUCGAUGUUCGGGGACCUCGCAGGCUUCGACGGCGGCCUCUACUCAGAUAUGCCCAUUCCGAAAGAGGGUUUCCAUUCAAUAGAGAGCACCUCCGACAAAAAGGAAGAAUUUGUGUCGUCCUUCUCUCCCUUUCUGGAACAAAGAGACUGGAACCUUAUAGUUAGCCCGGUGCUGCCAGACGAGAUAUCUCAGUACAAAGACAACUCUGAGAAAUCAAGUGAAAAGAAACCAGAUUACAAUCACGUCCCUUUGUCUCUGCCAGAAAAAAUAAUCGACUACGGCACAAAUCUCAACAGCUGCGCAUCAGAGGAUGAGCUAGAGAUAAAGAGAAUAGUGACGGAGCUCGAAAACCAGCUGCAGACGACCAAGUUGGAAAGUCCACCAUUGCUCGCUCAAGACGUCCCCAAGCAGAUGCAAAUGAGCAAAUUUUCACCUUUACGUCUGAGUGAUGAGUCGGAGAGUGACCCCGCCGGUCUGGAUAUGAGGUGCACUGUGCAAACGAUGGAUGAACCAGUGACCACAAUGUCCUCUGAGCCUUUCACAGAACCAGGGCUCCCGUGGUCGAGUCCAUUCCAGUUUGAACUGAUGGGUGGACACCACAGCCCCCAUACGCCGAGUAACAAUGAACCAAGGGCGCAUUUUACUGAAAAAGACAAUGAUGCACAGAAUGUGAUCGCCACAGCCUCACAUAUUGAAAACUCACACCUCCACCAUGACGGGAAAUCAAAGGAGAGAAGUGCAGAAAAACAGGCUCCUUUAGAAACAAAGGAAGAUAUUUUAGAACAGAAGAGAUACACGGAAAACCUCAUGAAAAGCCUGGAGGUGAUUUCCGACUCUAUAUUCAAAAAAGAACCCAUUAUAUCAGAACACAAGGAGCCGAACGUCGCCGCUCUCACCAGUCAACAGCAUCAAGAAAUUAAAUGUCAGACAGCUGAUGCAGUUGAGAGAGAAGAUCACAGCGAAAAGGAAGCAAUUACCGAGACGGAGAAUAUAUUAUCACCUCCAAAUAUCAAUGAGCGGGAGGAUGAUAUUGAAUUCAUUCUGAGUGAGUCACAGUCGUCUCUCUCCGUCGGCACUGACCCCGCCGUCGAUGGAAACCAGCCAAUUUCAUCACAGCCAAGUGCGCCCUCAGAAAGCAAUGAUGGUGAGGGCGAGACUAAAGUCGCAUCAGAGGAGGAUGUCGCGGAGAAUAGGAAUCUGAUUGAGUCUGCUCGCUGCUCGAGUGUGGUGACACGCGGCCCUCACGAGGACUCCUGUGGGAACGGCAGUGCAGAAAAAAACAUGAAUCACUUAUCUAUGAACAAAAGUGAUGGUCAAGAACACUUGACUACGGUUAGCUACGAGGCAGCAGAGGCAGUGAAGGGAAUCAUUGGUCAAACCGACAGCCGUCCUUCAUCGCCAGCUUUACCUGACACCAUGGCUACUCUGCAAGAAUCCUCCUCUAUUUUUAACCAUGGAGAAUUUAGUUCAUCGCAUCCUGGUGAAUUAAAAGUGGACCAUUCAGAUGAUUUGAUCGAUUCAGUUGAAACAGCAGGAAAAGAAAAUUUGAUCAGACUUUCUUCUCCCAAAAUGUGCAGCCCUGCUAAGAUUUGUGGUGGAAGUCCAGCAGCUGAUUUGUCAGUGGAGAUCUUCACAACGGAACAGCCCCGCAGUCCGAUAGCAGAGGACACCAACACGGGGAGUUCCGGUCACUGCUCGCCCUUCCAGGAAGCCGAGUCUUUAGAGGGACAACACAAUCUGUUGAUUCUCUCACAGGCUGACGACCUCAUCGACAGUGUUUCCUGCGAAGCCGCUCCGUUUAGUGACUCUCUGAAAGCCGACGAAGCUCUUACCUUCGACACCAUCCAGGAACAAGAAGAGAUUUUACAUGUGCAGGACAUUAAAGAGCAUCUUCCUAUUGAUUUCAUGGCAAGUCACCAAAACUCACCGUGCAGAGAGGAGGUGGAGGAAAGUCACUGCCUUUUUCUGAACGCUGCCCCAUCAAGCAGUCCUCUCUUAUCGCCCUCUAUCCAAACACCCGAGCAGACACUGGAGCUAGAGGAAGAUUCAUGUCAGCCACACAUCAAAUGCAGUAAUGGGACUGUCGAGAAAGACUCAAGUCCAAAUGGGAAAUCGCCCUCAAACAAAGACGAUAACCAAAGUGUCAGAGAGGCUCUAAACCAGGAGGAACAACUGAACACGACAGCUGAGAUGGAGUUUUCUUUGAUAAGUCCUCCUCACCUGGAUCUGGGAAUCACAGAGUGUAAAAUCUCCAGCCCUGAAACCACCAGUCCCACCGGCACGGCCGAGCCAGCAGAGGUGGAGAGGGAGCGAGAUCCAAUGUACGAGUUCAAGCUCAGCCCCCUCAACUACACCAGCAUCGCAGAUGAGCCUCCCCACCUGAACCAGUACGAUUACAUACCAAUUUCACCAGCCAGCAAACCUGACGACAACGAAGACAUGAAGCAGAGAGAUGACUGUGAACCGUGUGACCUGAGCGCUAACCCUGCACUGAUUUUCAACAAAACUGAAACAGACAUGAAACUGAACACAGACACCACAUCUGAAAUGAAUGUAUCAGAGGAACCGCUAGUCCUUCAGCAGCAUAUCAAAUUCACAUGUUUUGCAAUGGGUCUCCCAGCUGAAACGAACAGCGCAAAUUCCUCAGCUUGCGAUUUAAUAAAGGACUCGGAGAUUCGCCCUGAUCCAUCUGAACCUAUUGAGCAACUGCACAUCCACGCUGACAUGCUGCGAGAGGAUGAGUCAGUAAAUUUAGACUCUCACAAGGCUUCUGCUGAGGACAGUGCACUCCUCAGAAAAGACAUUUCAGAUGGUCCGCCCACUCCUAAGCCACUCAUCAUCUGUGAAAAUGAAGAAAUGCCUCUCCCGCCAGUCCCGGCAGAGAAGGACCCCACAAUAGAGACUGGCCAGUGUUCAAUAACACACAAAGUACACAGAGAAACGCCGCAGAAAAAGACUCAGAGCGACACUCAACAGGGGAAAGUGCUCUGUGAAAUCUGCUUCAUGUGUUUCCGGACGGUGCCAGGGUUAAAGAGACAUAAGGCCAUGAAACAUUUGGUGAGAGCUGAAAAACACAUCGGCCCGCAGAAAACAUCAAACCACCAGGGGACUGUGCUUAUUUAUGAAUCGUCACAAACUACAGAGAAAGAACAUAAAGAUGAUUCACGGACCUGCUACCCGGCAAAAAUAGAUGGGGUGUCUGAGACAAAUAAGACUCUCAAAUCUAAAGCAUCAGAGACUGAGUCAGCCCGGGAGGAAAUGGCAACCGAGACAAGUGCGGUGGCAGUGGAUGAAAUAGGCCAUCAGAACUCUGUGCUGCCAACAAAAGCAAAGAAGAACAACAAAGCCAGGAAGAACAAAAACAGCGAGCUAAACAUAAAGCCAGACCCUUUCUCUGAUGAGAUCCUGAAUAUAUUAAAAACAGACAUACUUCAAGCAAUAACUCCUGAAUUCAAAAGUGCUGCACUAAAAGGGCACCGCAAAUCUCCCGAGGAGCAGGUGGAAAUCGAUGAGAGAACUGUUGGUGGAGCAGAGGAAUUCCCCGUCACUUCAGGCUCUGGCUUUGACAACGCGCCCCGACCGCCAACAAAAGAAACAAAUGCACUUACUGAAACGGCAGAGCUAAAUCCGGUCACUCAUACAGUGGAAAUGAAAUGUACAAGCGUUACAGAGGUGGCAAAUGGGGAAGUAUGUGCAGAUAAUAAUGAGGAAAGUGCCAUAAGAGCAGACAAGGAUAUAAUUAGAGAAUGUGACGAGUCCAGAAAGACUCCGUGUCCCGUGGAGGAGAAGUGUGACCAGAGAGGAUCGGACGAGAGCCUCGCCCAGGAGAUUCUUCGGAAAGUGGCGGUCGAGAUCAAAUGUGAGAAAAACAGUGUCCCUUCAGACGAGUUACAUCCUCUCUCCUGUUUGAAUGCGUCCCCCCCCAGUCCCCCUGGCUUAAGCUCCGAUCUAAAGGCCUUACCCGACGACGACACCACAUUCCCGCAGCUGUUCUCCAGAGAUGAGGAGGCCAAAAGGAAAAAGUGCACGAGGGUGUACAAAAGAAACAAAAGACAGAAGCUCCUGCCCGACUCGGAUGGGACUCAGGAUUAUCCUCCUUCAGAAACCUCGGUGCAAAGUAAAGAUCAGUUCGUGGAAAACCAGGCAGAGCAGAUAUUCACUGAAGAUCAGACAAACCAGUGUGAGUACGAGACGAUAUCUAUCGAUGAUGCCAUCUUGUUGAAUAUGUGCCACAACAGCACUUUGAAAGUCGAUGCCAAGCCGCUGUCAGACGUUAAACAAAGUGAUGAGAAGGAUGUGCCUGAGAACGUCAAAGGGCCCGGCAACAAUCUCUUGAAUCCACUUGAGAGCACCAUUGAUAAAUCCUUGAUAGAAUGGAGUGGGUCCACUGACUUCAGCGUGACCCCUGAACCCAGCACCUGUAAACCAGAGGCUCCACAAGCACCUUGCCCCCCGCCCCUUCCCGCUGCCCCAUAUCCUGCGGAGCCAUGUGUCACAGAGAAUGUCCAACCCUUCCACAGUAUCGACAUCCAGAGCAUCAACACCACAUUUCAGCUUCCCGAGGUUCAGUUCUUUGACUCUAACAACGAUAUCUCGGUGUCUCCAAAUAUUGCAAAUGUGGAAGUGGAGAGCAGAGAUGAUGAAAAGUCCAAGAAAGUGACAGAGCGGCGAGGCCGGAAGCGGCAAGAUGGCGGAAUAAAGAUCAAAGAUAAGCAGUACAAGUGUAAAGUGUGCUUCACUUGGUUCCUCACCCUGGGCGAGCUGAACUUUCACAAGUUAUCCCACAACCCGUCUCCACCACCGACCUGCUACAUGUGUGUUCAGCGCAAAUUCAGCUCCCGCGAGCAACUGAGAGACCAUCUGAGGGAGAAGCACGCCAAGAACAAGACGGGUAUCUGGACCUGUGGAAUGUGCUUGAAGGAGAUAUCAGAUGUGUGGAUGUACAAUGAACAUUUGCGGGAACAUGCCACCCAGUUUGCCCGGAGGGGUCAGACUCAAGGUUCCAUAUUAGACAUUCCAGGCUGCUUCAUGCAGGAGACGGCCGUGAAGAACUUUAUCACCUCGAUCAUGCAGCACCGCCCGAGCAAAGCCAUGAGAGAUUCCAGCAAAGUCAGUAAAGUGCAGGAGAAAGCUGCUGCUGCUGCUGCAGACCGCGCUGUGGGAGAUGGGAAACCCUCGGAGGGGGCUGAGCCCAAACUUCACAAAGCUAAAAGCAGCAGCGGAGCAGGCGUGAAGCAGAGCACAUUAACCCCUCUGGAGGUCCUCCACAACACGGAGACAUCUAAAAGUGUGGAGAUGCAUCCCAACUGCAAAGACCCUUCAAGAGACUGCCACCACUGCGGGAAACAGUUCCCCAAGCCUUUCAAACUCCAGAGACACUUAGUGGUUCACAACUUGGAAAAGAUUUUCCUGUGUCAUAAAUGUCCCAUCACCUAUCAGGAUGCGCGGGCGCUGAAAGAGCACCUGAAGAGAGCGCACGAGGAGGCGGACGAGCUCGACUCGAAGCACACCACCCUCUACACCUGCGAGCUCUGUGCCGAUGUCAUGCAUGUGAUUAAAAAGUCCUUCAUCUGCAGCACCUGCAACUACACCUUCUCCAAAAAGGAGCAGUUUGAUCGUCACAUGGAAAAGCACCUGUCUGGGGGAAAUAAAAUUUUCAAAUUCCGAGGUGUUCUCCGACCUGUCAAAGCAUCCGCAUCCAAGGAAGAUGAAUGUGAUUCGCCUGCAAGUAAGAAGAGACGGAUUCUCUCUGACAGUUUGCAAGACAGUAGCUCAGACAGCGGAAUUGGCAGUUUAAGCUCAGUGCACUUAAAUCAAAACUCCGAGACGCAGUCCUCCAAACCCUUCACAGCCGACGACUCCACACAGACCAACGCAAACGAAUACCACAGCGACACAAGCAGCGCCAACGUGAAGACCGAGGACAUGGUGGAGGACUACUCUGAGCUACUUGUGGAGCUGGAGAAGUGUAUUCACAUGGGCUCGUCAGAGUCUGCCUCACCCAAGAAAGAGGAAAUUGACCCAACUCCCUCGCCUAAUCCUGAUAAAGAGGGCAAUGGAAAAUCAAUUACUGAGCCAUGUGAUGUGAAAGAGGAGAAUGAGUCAGUCUGCAUUAGAGCAGAGACGACCUCAUGGUCAGCAUCUAGAGAGAGCAGCGGUGUGGGGGAGGAGAUUAUUAAAGGGAAGGAAAGCUCAGCUGAAGGUGACACAGCCCGGUUGGAGGAAAAAAACGAUUUGCUUCCACCUGGUGAGGAGUCUCCUGUCGGCGCAAGAGACAAUCAAAUCAUUUCAAAGACACAAGCAAAGCAUGAAUUAGCCGUUGACGUGACGGACCAGCAGAGGGACGACGAGCGGUGGCAGCACACUUCAAAAACUUCCAAUAAUGACAGCAGACAGCAAACUUUGUCUCACGGUGCUGAGCAAGACGGCAGCUGUCAGGCAAAAGACAAAGCUGCCAAAAGCAUCGACAACACUAAAAACAGCAGCACGAAGGCUCCAGAAUCAACACCUGUCCUCCACUCCAAGGUCUCCCUCAACACCUCCGUCUCAAAUGAGGAUAAAGAAUCUCCGAGACCACAGAAGAAGAGGAAGGACGUAAAAUCCCCCCACAGCCUGCAGAGGGUUUCCUCCCCGGCCACACAGGAGAACUUUGGUGUUGACUCUAGGCCCAAAAAGAAAUUCCGGCCCAGCAAGUGCUCGAAUCCCUCCCUGCAACGGAAGACAGACGGACCCAGCGACUACCCCGUGUUGUCCUCCGUGCGGGACGACGCUGUGAGCAACAAAAUUGUUUCCAAGUGCAAAACUGCAAACUUGGGUUUGCAGUCCAAAAGAAGUUUGCUUGAUAGCUGCACGCCAAAGAAAGCUGACAUUGUGAACCCUCUAAAUGGGGACUAUAAAACCAAAAAGGGACCUUUGGGGCGCUCUUUGCAUCCCCCUAUUUCUAAAGCGUCUUCAGUUCCCAUGAACAAUUCUCUGAACAAAUCUAGGCCAAAGAUGGGGGUGAGGUCGAUGGAGAGCCAUUCCUACCGGACAGCAGAGUCCCAGAACCACCUCUUAAGCCAGCUGUUUGGCCAAAAACUCACUAGCUUUAAGAUUCCUUUAAGGAAGGACACGUCAGAAUCGAUUAACUGAGUGGGGUUUGAGGGAUCUGUGAAUAAGAGACUGUAAAUGUUUAAGACGAAUGAAUAAUGGUGAAUGAGAUUGCACAGCUGUUUUCUGUGAAAUGCUAUCUUUAAAUACUUACAUAGUCACUUUAUGUCUUCUUUGUACAUUGUUAUUAUGCAAAUGUGAGGACGAAUGGCAGAUAUGAAUUUUGGGUCAAAAAUGAAUAUGCUAUUUGGGAAAAUCCAUGAACUGCUUUCCCCUAUGUUGGAUAUUAUCCUUUUCAGAGAUUAUAUUUCAUUUACCUAAAGGAAAGAAAUAAAGAAUACUUGAAAAUACAGUAAAAUAUGUUCCUCUAAGAAAUGCAUGUUCAUUUUGCAUUCAUUAUAUGAUUUUUAUCAGUUUAAGUCUUUUUUUUGCAAAUGACGUCAUAACUGACCUGGACUUUUGUCUGUGCACCUUUCGUAAAUGCUUACAACAUAUUCCUUUUGUAUUAUUUUUUUAACUUUACUGUACUGCAUCAACAGUGAUCAUUUUAGCCUUUUUGUAUAAACAUUACCUGGUGCUACGUUGUGUUUUUACUUGUAAUGUGAACGCCAAUGUCCUCGGAAGGGAACAUGAGAUCUGUAGCAGUUGCAGUACUUUCAUCCCAAUGAUUUUACUGGUUCCCUAAUGUUUAUUAAAGAUACUGUGUAAACCAUCCAAUACUUCAAAAGUAGACUGUUAAGACACGAAAUAAGGAAAAGCUUCUGAUAUCUUCCUAAAGCUCCUUGGAUAAACUCAGGUGCAUUCAAGGACGUCACAGUCCCAAUCCCUGUAUUCAGAGUUCUUCCCAUGCACUGAUAAUACCACACACCAACCACGAACUCAGUCAUGUGUGUCUGCAACUCCUCAGACAACUGUUUGAUUAUGAAUAGUAUUUACUAAGACAACAAAGGUGCUUUAUCUUGUUUAUACUGUAUGUAUCUUAUAUUGUACAAUAUUGUAGGUAGAGGAUUGUUUGGUGUCAUGCUUCAUGUCAAAGUUUUAUUUUAAUAAUGUGCAAAAAAGAUUCAGAGAAGAAAGGGAAAUGCAGUGCCUCUUGCAAGUUGUAAAGUGGUUCACUAAGUGCAUCUUUUAUAGUUGGUUAUUAAAGAUCUGUAUUGGUCUCUC